AUGCCAGCCACUCCUGCCUUGCUCGACGACAUAUUCCAACAGGCCGUCAGCAGUUUUAAGGCGAGUUUGACUGACAAACAGCGACGUGAGUUCCAGAGCUGCACGCGCAAACAUGUUGAGGACACAAUCCUGGGCAUCCAAACCCGCCUUGCUUCGCAGCGAAAACAGCGGAAUAUGCACAGAAUUUCAAAAUUUGUCGAGGGUAUGACCCAGCUGGGCAAGGUCAUCGAAAUCUUUGUGAAUUGCGACUCUACCGUCGCCUUUGUCUGGGCUCCCAUCAAGUUUGUGCUACUUGCUGCCGGCACCUGGGUCGAGACCUUGGACUGCCUUCUCGAUACCUAUGCCGAAAUCGGCGAGUUCCUCCCAGGCCUAUCACAGUACGAAAGCUUCCUCAGAAACCAUCCCGCCAUUGGCGUUCAUCUACAGAACUACUACUGCGAUGUGCUGGAUUUCCACAGGAAGGCACUGCAGGUGUUUUCAAGACCCAGUUGGAAAACUGCGUUCCAUUCAUCCUGGAAGACGUUCAAGACGCAAUUUGGACCUAUCCUGACCAAACUCAAGCGGCAUCGAGAUCUGUUGUCAGAUGAAAAGAUCACAGCCCUCCUCACUGGGGCGAGCGAUCUCCGCCAGUCUUUUGAGGACAAGUUCGAUGAGUUGUCGCGUCAAAUGCUAAAGCUCCAUCUUGACAACAGCGACGAAGAGUCUGUACGAAAUCAUGAAGCAAUCGACCGGAAGCGCCAGUUUAUCCUUUCUAAACUUGACCCGCCAGACUAUAGCCUUGACCUUGAAAGGGCAUCUACUGAACGAGGGGAUCCCACUUCAGGCGAAUGGCUCCGAGCCGACGCCGUUUUUUGUGAAUGGGCGGAUUUGACUACAAUGGAUCCGCGAGCUCUGUACCUGAAUGGGAUUCCCGGUACAGGUAAAACGAUUCUAGCAUCGGGAGUGGUGAAACACCUCCAGCAACUGCGAGAGAGCGGCCACAGGUUCUCGGUUUUCUACUUCUUCUUCAAGCACCAUCAUCCCGACAAGCGAGACUUUUCCGCUAUGCUUCUUUCUCUACUCUCCCAAGCCGUCCUCCAAGAUGAGGUGCUUCUUGACCUCAUCUACCAACGUCUCAUCUUGGCCGCCCAGCAAAAGGUUCGCUCAGUCUCUCUGUUGCGCGAGCUCACCGAACUGGCCUUGAAAUCGCAAAGUGUCUGUUUUGUGGUCGUUGACGGACUCGACGAAUGUCUUGGCCCGGGAACAAUGAAGCCAGAGGAUUCUCAAGGGGAAGUCGUCAAUUGGCUCGAGGCUCUCACCGUAACAUCAACGUCCGGCGGCACAGUUGGACAUGGCGACCAACAAGACGACCGAUGCACGCACCUGCUUAUAAGUGGUCAAAGAAACGGGUUCCUUGAGGGACGGCUGAAACAUUGGCCUGCCAUACGGAUUGAUUCUUCGUCCGCCCACAUGGACGACAUCGGGGCGUAUUCUGAGGUAAAGACCCAGCAAAUGCAGCAGAGAUUCGGCAUCGACGAGGCCACCCGGCUAGACAUCAUUCACAAGAUCAAUGCAAGAGCCCUAGAAGGUAUGUUUUUGUAUGCCAAAGUCGUUCUGGACAAUCUCUUGCGCCAACCCACACGCGGCCAUUUCAAGAGAGAACUCAAGGCAGAAAAUUUCCCGACGGGCAUGAACCAAGCGUACGAGCGGGUGGUGAUCCAAAUCUUGGAGGGUCAAGAUGAGCAACAAAACAAGCUAGCCCGGGAGAUCCUGGGUCUAGUCAUGUGCGCUGAGCGGCCGCUGAUGUGGAAAGAGAUUCAGACUCGCUUCUGCAUCGAAAUCCAGUCUGAGACGGCCGACCCCGAUUUCAGGUUGUUGGAGCCCUGCAAGACGUACUGCGGGUCCUUGGUUGAGGUCGGCCGAUACGACGGUCUCAGUUCUGGGCCCGACGACUUGGUGAACCUCGUCCAUGAAACCGCGCGAACGUAUCUGCUACAUACUGGUAGAUUCAAACUGGCCGAUCUUCACAAGGACAUGGCGUUGUUCUGCGCACAAUACCUAUCAUCUGCACCUUUCAAUCCAAAACAGGAUAGCUCCAGCAUCAAGACUCACUGUCUGACUGGCUACUACGGUUUUCUCGACUAUGCAGUUGCGAACUGGUGGAAACAUGCCAGGCGUCCGGACUUCACUCUGGAUCAAGACAUUGCCUCAACAAUGCGCAAGUUGUUGACCUCCCUUAACUCCUCGUCGGGGAACGAAAGCCAAGUCACCGCAAACGACGUCACCACAACAUGGUCUCGAACCCAGGAACUUCAAUAUGGCGGAAAGGACUGGGAAGCCAAAUUCCCGACCGAGAAACGUGUAAAGCCGAUACGGAACUGCCUCGAAUUGCUAUUUAACGGCCCAACCCACCAGGAUCUAGAGAAGCUGGAAGAAGUUCGAGGGCUCUAUGGUCGUGUGAACUACAAAUGCAACAAACCGUGGUGCCAUUUCUUCCUCCAGGGCUUCGAAAUUCUGCAAGCACGCCAAGAGCACAUAGCACAGCACGAACGCCCAUUUAGAUGCGGCCGUGAUGGCUGCUACGGCUUCCAGAUCGGAUUUUCAGAGGAGCCAAAUCUCGUCAGGCACAACAACCGUGUCCACUGCCAAGUUAGCUCUCUGGACUUCCCCCCGGGUAAACUCGAUGUCCUUCAAGCCUUGGUUGGUUCCGGGGUGGAUGUUAAUGCCAGGAGCAACGACAGCUUAACUCCAUUGUUCUUAGCUGCAAGGGCUGGACAUUACCAAGUCUGUCGAUGGCUUUUGGAGCAAGGGGCCGAGGUGAACGCUCGCUGCACAAAACACCAAAGAACAGCCCUACACACGGCAGUGGCCAACAAUGACUUGGACACUGUUCGGCUGCUCCUCGACCACGAUGCAGACAUCCUUGCC